AGGCUAUCCCGUCCACGGUCGCGAGCGCUGCCAUUAGAAAGUCGUCGGCAGUCGAUGAACGCGGGAACCGGGAACUCCGCGAGAGUUGGAUAGAGAGCGAGAGGGAGAGAGAUAAAGAGGAGCUGGUCCAUCAUCGGUUUCGAACGUCGCGAGAAAGUUUUGCGGCCAGCCUGUUGGGACUCGAUACGAUACGGAAAGAGGGGGAGAGAGAGAGAGAGAGAGAGAGUGGAAGGUUCAGCAGAACACCCCCGAUCGUUAGAGAUCGACUCGACCAUACCCACCGUACGUCGGAGCGUCCGUAGGUCUCGUAUCGGCCGAACCGUCGGGAUCGAUCCGAUAAAACGAAGCGUGAGAGAAACGCGCAUCUUCCAGCCUUCCAGCCGCGAACGGCGAGCGGCGAGGCGACGCGAAUUCGGAGCCAGCGAGGAGGCGAGCGCGGAGAAACGACGCGUAGACACGCUCGCCCGAAAGAUAGAUCAUCCCCCGCGUGCAUCUGCAACUGUGCGCCGGGUUGCAUCCUCAUCGGCGAAGAUCCUCGAGGGACGCUCCGGCGGUUUAGCCCAGCGCACUGGAGGGUCGACGACGUACAACCAGCGCUGUAGAGUGCUACGCAGCGACGUGGCGACGACGCCAUUUUGUGCUCCCUGGUACCGUGCGCUUCUUUCGGAAUCAGCGUCGAGCCUACUCAUCGCCCCGCCGUGACCCGUGACACGCGGGUAUCUCCGAUCGCGUUCGUCAAUAAGUGUAAAACGACGUAGAGCGCUUUUCAGCUCCUCCGGAGUAUUGGAGCGCGAGAGCCAGCGACGGAGAGAAAGAGAGAUAGAAGACAGUGCUCGUGUACCCAAGCAAGUGCGUCAUCGGCGUGAUUCUCAUCCGCGCACCGUCAAUCCCACCGCGAUAAAGAAAGAGAAAGAGAGCGAGAGAGAACGCGUGAGCGAAGAAGAGGGAGAGAAAGAGGGUUCUAUUCAAUUUUCAUAAUCGUCGAUAUCUUCGCCCUGGGUCACCAUCGACCAUGAGACUGGAAAUCGUGUCGGCGGCGGAUUUUCUGGUGCACCUGCUGCGCUUGCAGGCGGGUCAGCUGUCGGAACGGCAAUUGGAGAUGUUCAAAUCAUCGCUGACGGAGGUGUUGCGCCACCGUUACCGGGACCACUGGUUCCCGGAUCGGCCAAAUCGCGGCUCCGGUUAUCGUUGCAUACGCAUCAACGGUAAAAUGGAUCCGGUGAUCGCGCAGGCCGGCGCAAACGUCGGCCUGCUGCCGACCGUUCUGCACAGCCUGUUCCCCAGCGAGCUCACCAUGUGGAUCGACCCGUCGGAAGUGUCGUAUAGGAUCGGCGAGAACGGCUCCAUUUGCGUGCUGUACGAGCGCCCCGAGGCCGAGACCGCGGAUGAGAUCUCCCAGCAGCUGCACCAGCAUCAGCAGCACCCGCAUCAGCCGCAUCUGCAUCAACAUCAGCAUCAACAUACGCACCAUCAUGCGCAGCAUCACCAGCAAGCCGCUAUGCCGCCGCCGCCGCUGCCCCUGCCGCUCCCGCAGCAGCAACAACAGCAGCAGCAAUUCGAAAGCUGCAAAGACUCUCUGCUUCUGGAGCACACGCAAUUCAGCGAGCAGAUCGCCGCGUACGUCUCCAGCUGAAUCGCCGGGCUCGCCGCCGCGCUCGCGUCCACGCUCUCGAAAUGAUCUACUAAGCGCACGUGCAUCUCGUGAUAUGUGAUAUCCCGUGUAUCGCGUCGGACCGAGCAGGUCCGCGCGCUCAACCCUUUCGUGGACUCCAAACGUGCGUGCACCCUUCCCUCCCUCCCUCCCGCUCUCCCCCUCUCUUUCUCUCUCUCUCUCUCUCUCUCCUUGCGUUUUAAUCUUCUCUCUUCUCCUUUUCUUUCCAUUUUUUUCCCUUCUCGGUGAGCACCGAGAGUCUCGAGCGAAGAGUCGGUUCUCCUUUAUCGCCGUCUCCUUCCUUUCCCCUCUCUGUUUCUCUCUCUCUCUCUCUCUCUCUCGUUUUUUACGAGAAAAGAAAAGUAAAAUAUAAAUGGAGCACCAUCAGUCACAUCCGUCGAUGAUCCGCAGCGUCGUGACCUCGACGCGCCUCGUCCCUCCGAGCGAGUUCCUGCUACACGGGGAGAGUCCAUCCUUCGGGAGACGCGAGCUCGUCCACGCGCGUCGGUCGACUCGAACUCGACUCUAGUCUAGUCUCGCGCUUCCCGAUCCUUCUCUCGUGCUCGAAGAAUCUCGAGAGUGAGUAAGAAAACGGCACCUUCGACAAGAGAUAUGUGUUCCCGAGCGACUAGUCUGUGCGUGAUUUAAACGCGCUCGAUCGAAAAAAAAAAAAAACAACAACGGAACGAGGGAAAAUCCACCUGUGUCGCGAUGGAAGAGCGAAAAGAGGGACGGAAGCGGAUCGAAGCGCGCAGACCAGUCGAUUCUCGUUGAUCCAACGCUGCUCACCCGAAUUGUCAUCGUCAUUGGGUCGCCCUACUAUCGGAGCGAGCCUCUUUUUCGCCGGAGAAGGAUCUCGCGGCCGUCGCAGCGAGAAAGAACGGAGCGAGCUCGGAGCUCUCUCAGCAGCCGACUAAUUGAUCUCAGCACCUCCUCUAUCCGCGUAACCUCCGAGUGUCUCUCGUGACGACAGCAGCCACGCGAGAGAGGAACAACGAAGACCAGCCAGCCUCAUCGCCCUUCCUACGUUCUCGAGGGAGUAAAGGAAUUGUACUCAUUACAUUUAUACACGAGAAACAUACGCACACGUACAUAUAUAUAUACAUACAUGGAUUUCUCUGUCUCUCGCAUCCUCCCGAACGACCAGCGUCUUUCUUCCACGCACUUUUUCGUUACCGUCGGAUCUCGAAUUAAGGUUCGUACACACCGAUGAGUAUUUACGAUGCGGAAACACGGAUACUUAUUCUUUUUCUGAAAUUAAAUCCCGAAUGAUACAAUCCCGCUGGUUGUUCAGUCGUUUAGAGUACAGUUCAAGAGAGAGAGUGAGCGUGAUUAGUAUUCGGAAGUCAUUUACGAUUAGAGAUUCAAUAAUUCUUGCAAUGUAUAUAAACGAAUUUUUCCAUUUCCAUAUUUUCCAUCUCGCGUCGGUUUGUACGAUCGUGAAAUUGAGAACCGCAAAGGAAAGGGAUGAGAGUCGAUCGUUCUCCAUUCUCAUCGUCGAUAAUUUUCUCGAACCUCGCACUGUCAAUGCAGAUUACCACCGAGCCACACACACGUACACAAAUUUUCAUAAUACAUUCAUACAAAAUUAAAGACGCGCCUACCGAUGAUUUUUGAACAAACGAUCGCGAUGGAUCUCACCAGCUAUCGUGAGUUGUCAAAGAUCGCCGGUGUUAAUUCAUCGAAUUUACUCUUCGUUAACGUCGCUUUCCACGAGCAUCUGUAACGAUAAAAAUACGUUACAUUUACAACGUCGUUUUCUCACGUGUAUCCUACUAAUUUGUCGACUGAUUUAGAUUUUCUGGAAAAAUCGAGUGUAGAAAUUUCGCGAAACGCCGCAACACGAUAACAAAGUUUCAAAUUCGAUGUAAAGUUGCGACUUGUAUUUUUCGAGAACGGUUUUCAAUAAGUACGAAUCUUAAAAGCGUUUCAAUUAUUCGACAGCGAUUCUCGACAAUACAAAUCGCAAGCGGUAGUCUGAAUGUGCAUACACACAAAAACACUCGCAGACACACACGUACAAAUUUCACGAAAGCGCGUGAGUUAUAUAUGUACAUAUAUACAUACAUAUAUAGAUAUAUAAAAGCGUUAUAUAUGUAGAGCACCGUGUACACGCGCGGGGGCGAAGCAGGGGGAGUUGGAGAGUUGGGCGAAGUCGCCUCCGGGCGUGUACAUACAUAACUGACGAAUUGUAUAUUAUAUCCUUCGCGUGAGAGGAGAUGGAAGAAAGCGGGAGAAAACACGACGGUGUAUAAAAUUGCUGUGAUUUUAUUCACGGGAAGGCACCCAGGCGUGUUUUUACUAUGGAGAGUCGGUCUUGGGUAGUGAAUCGCUCGAUGCACGGUGUGCGAUCGCGAAUGUUUUGGGAGUGACCGCGGGAAUGAUUCCGUGAGAGAAAGAGAAAGAGGGAGAGAGAAAAUGAUCGAACGCAUAUGUACAUGUACGGCGCUCACCCGAUAUACGUAACGCUCGCCCGCUCCGGCAAUAAUAAUAGAGUUCGCUCGAUUAAUCACGCGUCUGCUUCGUGCUCGCGGCACAUCGAGAUCUGUUCAAUUACCGUUACUUGACGAACCGAUAGGUUCGCGUUAAUAAU